GGGUUAGACUCGGGCGGCGGUGAGCGCGUACGGCGCCGAGAUGGAGCCCACGGUGCUGCCCGAGCAGUGGUCCCUGGUGGAGCAGUGGCACAUGGAGAGGAGGGAGCCCGUGGAGGUACGUGUAGGGUACCGAGGGUUAGGGUUAGACUCGGGCGGCGGUGAGCGCGUACGGCGCCGAGAUGGAGCCCACGGUGCUGCCCGAGCAGUGGUCCCUGGUGGAGCAGUGGCACAUGGAGAGGAGGGAGCCCGUGGAGCUCUGGCGGUCAAGUGUGUCCAAUCAGAUUUCUAACCUGAAGAAUCGUCUGAGCAAGUCCCUGCACGACUUCCCGCGGAGAGUGACGGGGCCGAAGAAGUACGAGAAGCCGUCGGAAGACAGCGACACAUCUUCGGAACCGUUCGGAGACGAUCGUGGGGCGUCGGGUGAAGUCGGCGAGCCGUCGGCUUCUUCCGAAGACAUUCGGCUACUCUCCGAUGAGAAGCCCACUUGAUCAAUGAGCUAAUUUUUGUACAAAGCAUAUCGUCACCAAUAAUCAAUGAAAUUGGCAAUAUCAAUAUAACACCUGUAAUAACUUCAUUCCCUUUACUGUUAUCGGGAAAAGUAUCACCUGACUACAUUUUAUGUGGAAACAUGUUUUGUGAAUCUUUUCUUUGCACUUCUUUCGACAACAUGACCAUUCAUCGUUUGAAUCGUU